AUGCUCCAUGUCAGAAAGCUCUCAGGGGAGGAGGUGGCCUGCAUUCCCCUCGUGGAACUUAGCGAUGUGAAGUCGUUGAAGCAGCGGUUGCAUCAGCAGCAUGGGCUGCCACCACGCUUCAGGCAACGGCUCCUUCACAUGGAGAACACUUUAGAUGAUGCCGUGAUGCUGGAGUCUCUGCUGGAUCUGCGCGGUUCUGUGGGCGAAGGUGUCCUGAAUCGGCGAUUGGAUCCGGACCUUGUCCCUGACGCCGUGACGGAUCUGCAGGUGGUGACUUUGGCGUUCUCCGAGGACCAGCCGCUAGAGUUAUGGAGAGCCGCCGGACAAGGGCAUUUAGCCGAGGUGGAGUCUCUGCUGCAGCUUCCGAUGGACCCGGAUCUGAGGUAUUUUUCCGCCACACCGUUGAUGCGCGCAUCUGAGAACGACCACGCGAAUGUUGCACGGUUGCUCCUGGAGGCCGGUGCUCAGACGGAUUUGCAGCGCCACAACGCGGGCGAGACAGCACUGAUGGAUGCAGCAAGAGAAGGUCAUUCUCAAGUCGUGCAGCUGCUUCUUGAGGCAGGAGCUCAGAAGGAUCUGCGUGACUUCGAGAGCAGCACGGCGCUCAUGUAUGCAGCUUUCAACGGUCGUGAUGAAGUCGUGCGGUUGCUCCUUGAGGCGGGUUCUGAGAAGGAUGUGCGUGACGAAGAUGGCCGUACAGCGCUCAUGGACGCAGCGAGCAGAGGUUAUGUUGCAAUCGUCCAGAUUCUCCUGGAGGCCGGGGCUAUGAAGGAUGCUCGUGACAAUACGGGCGGUACUGCGCUCAUGAGUUCAGCCUUCAACGGCCAUUCUCCUGUCGUGCGGUUGCUGCUGGAGGCCGGCGCUGAGAAGGAUGCGCACGACGAUUUUGGAAAGACAGCAUUGAUUUAUGCCACCGAAGCCAAGUGUCAUGAUUGCCGCCUAUUGCUCGAGGCCUCUGCAAAAAAAAGCCUCAGGACCUAUAAUAUACGGGCCUAA